AUGUCUUCUUGCCCAAAUCUAAAAAGACCGCCUGCGGUUUUGCCCUCGCCUCACCAGAUGGCGCAGGUUUUCAAGAAGCCUCGGUUGGCUAUGGUCCUCGAACAAAAAGAUUCCCAGCCGCCAAACAGAGUAGAAACGGAAGGACGAAACACACAAAAGCCCAAGUUGCAGAAACCGGUUCCGGAUUCCGUCUCGCAAUUGCAACAUAGCCUUCCCUUGCUGCUGUAUCCGUUAGUGUCGGCGCCAUAUAAAGUGUCUGAUUUUUUCACUGAUCUCCAGCCGGCGCCAAACCCGCUGCAAAAGGCGCAAAUGGCUCAAAUAACACACGUCUUCCCGCCACCGUUGCCACCCAUUCUCCCGAAACACUUGCAGUGCCCUGAUGGCGGCAUCCUGGUGCCGUUUGUGUACCCCAGUAUCCCUGUGCUUAGACCAGAUGUGUACCUCGCAGACCGAGUGCAAAAACGCAGGGGCAGACGGCCAGCGGCAGAGGUGAUGGCUGCAAAAACAACAAAGGGACGCAUUGGUGUUCCAGACGCCGACAUCUACCCCGUCAUGGCGCCUCUACCGUUCCCCGCAGCACCAUACAUGCCAUAUCCACUUUUCAGCGAUCAGGCGCUGCUCACGCCUCACGAGGUUUUCGGUGACUGGCUUGAAGCGCUGGAAAACCUUCCACGGGUCGACAUGGUGGUGGCGAGCGCAGCAGGGCUGAUUUUCGAUCUUGGCGCCGUUGCAUCACUGGCCGGAUGGACAGUUUCGAAGUUAGACCACUACGUCCAGAACCACAAGCACGAGUCCGACCCAGAGGCAGAAGAUGACCGCAGCGACACUGAACUGGCGGAUUUGCCCUCGGGAUACAAGCUUUAUGCCGACUACGCCGACCAAGUGGACAUUUCUAAUGCCUUUGAUGCCAAUGCCCGGCCGAGACCGUCCAACAUGGUUAUCACGCAAUCAAAGUCUCGGCACGAGUACACAAAAGUGGUACCCAUAGUGUCCGAUCGAGGCAGGUCCUUGAUGCUGGACUUUGGUGCCACCUGCGAGUACGCAGACAGAGAUAUACAAGAGGAUGCAGAAAUGGACUCGGAAGAAGCAAGCAACAACACUACUGCCGCAGAUGCAACCGAACAAAAUGAGCCGGACGUUGAUGGAAACAUGGGCGACACUAGAGAUGGCAAACCUGUAUUCAAAGGGCCCAAGCGGCGCUGGGCAGAGCUUUCUUACGAAUAUGACAAAAUAUCGGCGAAGGAAUCCAGAAACCGAGAAACGGUGUAUGCAUCACGGAAGUGGGCACUUUUGGCGCGGUUGCGGCUGCUUCAGAAUACCAAAAUCAACUUUGGCCCUUCAGAGAUCGCCGACGACGAGUUACGUGAGUACGCCCACCGCCGCCAGGUGCAAAGAGACAUGGAGUUGGUGCAAUUGAAACACUUCCACACGUACGAACGGCUCAAGGCUGCACUCGCCUUCUACCAGAAUUCAAAUCGCGCCUAUAAAAACAUGAGCAUUCAGUUGGUCAACAAAUUGGGCAAACUCAAACAUUUCUUCGAGUACCAGAGGCAGAUUUUCCAUGACAUCACCAAGGGCCGCAAUGCCCACGACUCAGACACCUACAACAUACGCACGAAGGAAAGUGCACGCUUGUAUGAUGGUUUUGUUGAACAGGAUUACUCCAGCAGAAUCAAAGACGUUUUCCGUGCGUCUGUGGCUAACGAAGACAAGGGUCUUCCCUUGGACAGUCAUCCUGAUUUUGAUGCGCUGUGGUUUGAGAAGGUAUUCACCGAACGAGAGCAUGCAGCGAACGUUCAUGAUUUCAUGCCAUUGGUGACCGAAGAGGAGUUCAAGUUGAUCACUGGAGACGCGCCCGUGAAGAAUGGCCCAGGAAAAGAAAGCAAUGGGAAGUCCAAAGGUGCCAAGCAUUCCAUAUUCCAAAGCCCUCUUUAUGAUGUGACAAUGUCUGGAUCCGAAGCUAACGAGUCAGACAGUGGCGUUGUGGUGAAGAAACGGCCUGGAAGAAGAGCUGCUCCAAAAUCAACGCUUGCUGAGGAGCCCACGAAACAACAGACCGAAGCUGCGUUGGUGGCUAAAAUCAUGAAACUGUUUGUGGGGCCGGCCGCCGCCAAUCCAGAGGAACUAACAAAUGAUCUAGAUCUCAUUGGUAUCAAAACGAGGUGGCCUGUGAAGUAG